AUGUUCAAGACUUUCACUCUUUCCGCCUUCGUUGCCAUUGCCUCCGCCGCUGCUAUCUCGGCUGCCCCUGAAGCCAACUCGACCGUUAUUGUCGAGAACGUCAUCACCACCACCGCCACCAUCACCUCGUGCGAAGACCAAAAGUGUGUCACCUCGGAAGUUCCCCAAACUCUUACCGAAACCAAGACUCACCACGUCACUCAAUGGAUCGAACACUGCGAAGACAACGCUUGCACCAAGGUCCCCGCCACCCACUCGACCGUCACCAAGACCAUCGAAGGUGUCGAAACCGUGUACACUACUGAGUGCCCCUUGACCACUCAAGCUCCUCAGGUUCCCGUUGAAACCGUCACCAAGUCGGAAGGUCCCGUUACCGUGACUGUUACCUGCACCGACUACCAGUGCCUCGAGGAAAAGCCCAAGCCCACUGAAGCCCCCGAAAACUGCGUCGUUGUAUACGUCUGCAACGGCGAAAAGUGCGUGAAGCCUCUCCCCACCUCGGAAGCCCAAGUUGAACAACCCACCACUGAAGCUCAAGUUGAACAACCCACCACUGAAGCUCAAGUUGAACAACCCACCACCACCACCAUCGUUACCUGCCCCCCUGAAGGUUGCAACAACGAAGGUAAGACCUCGACCGCCGAAAUUCCUCAAUACACCACCGUGACCCAAUGCCCCGCUGGUGGUUGCAACGGCACCGUCACUCCCUCGAACCCCCCUGCCAAUGUUGACCAAUGGGAAGGCUCUGCUUCGUCGAUGAAGAUCGGUUUCGCCGUCGUCGCCGUCGCCGCCGCUGCUUUGUUGUAA